GGGGCGGGCCCCACGGCGGCCGCGCCAGGGCGGAAAGCCGCUCAGCGAGCGCGAGGCCGAGCUGUUGAAGAGGUUGCGGAGGCUGGAGGGCGUCGUGGAGGAGCUGAGCGGCCAGGUGGAGUUGGAGGCGGUGAAGCAUUCGCCGGCGAGCGAUCAGUCGAGGGACGGCGAGGCGGGCGAGGCGGGCGGGGAGAAGUCUGCGAGCGUUAGGGUGAUUGGGAUGGAUGAGGGAAAUGGGACGAAGAAGGAUUGGAUCGUGAGAGGGUUUGCGCUGGGAUCGGGACCGCCCAAGGCGCAGUUCGCGGUGCAUCACGCGGAGGGGACAGCGGGGAGAUUGGUGUUGGAGGAGGGGAAGAGCCAAUAUGUCUCGAGCCCGUUCUGGGCAACCAUCAGUGAUGAAGUCGAAGAGCUGCGGGAGAUCAUCGAGGAGCAGCACUUGGAAUCGGAUGAAGAGCUGCCUAUUUUGCCGACUGAUACGAUCACUGAACCGAAUCAUCAGAGCUUCAUAAUGGGGUACAACUCCUCAGAUGUCGAUCUCAAGAGCCUACAUCCCCUACCCUCCCAGAUUCCUUUCUACUGGCAAACAUUCCUCGAGAACGUGCACCCUCUGGUGAAGAUCCUGCACGCGCAGACGAUGAAUAAGGUUAUCAAGGAGGUGCAGAACAAUCUAUCUUCAUUGAGCGAAAGUACUGAAGCCUUGAUGUUCGCGAUUUACUUUGCCACUAUUACGUCUAUGAAUUCUAGUGAGGUGAAGAAGAGUUUUGGCGUUGAAAAGGACUAUCUAGUCAAGCAGUACCGGUUUGGCGUAGAACAGGCUCUCGCCAAGGCGGGCUUUCUCAACACGAAUGAAAUCGUGACGGUCCAGGCGUUUGUGCUCUUCCUGGUCUGCGUCCGCAGACAUGAUGAUACCCGCUUUGUGUGGUCGUUGACAGGACUUGCUAUAAGAAUAGCUCAAUCACUCGGUCUUCAUCGGGAUGGCACCAAAUUCGGCCUUUCCCCCUUUGAUACCGAAAUGCGAAGACGACUCUGGUGGCAAAUCUGCGUCUUGGACGUUCGAGCCGCCGAAGACCAUGGCUCCGACCCAUCGAUCAUGGAUCAAUCCUUCGAUACCGAACUCCCGCUUUCUAUCAACGACAUAGACCUUGACCCCGAUGCCACAGAACCACCCGCUCCAAGACCAGGUGUCUCAGAAAUGACAUUCUGCUUGAUCCGCUACGAGAUUGGCCAUCUUUCGCGAAAGCUCUCAUAUAUCCCCCCUGGUCAGGGCCCGGGCCGGGAUAAAGCCCUCUCCCUGACGCUUGAAGACAAGGAACGGAUAAUCAAAGAAACAGCGGAUCAUCUAGAAGAGAAAUAUCUUCAAUAUUGCGAGAACGCUGGGCCUCUUUACUGGGUAGCCGCGACCGUCGCACGUCUCAUAAUAGCCAAGAUGACACUCAUAAUCUACCACCCCCUAACCCAACCCAGGAAUUCUAAUAAUCCCUUGCCCCAAAACAUCAGAGACCGACUCUUCAUGGCUUCCAUAGAAAUCAUCGAGUACUCCCAGGUUCUCGAAGCCGAAACCUCGACCAAGAAAUGGGGCUGGCUCUUCCAUACCUAUAUCCAAUGGCACGCCAUCGCCUACGUUCUCGGCGACUUAUACAAUCGACCCCCCAGCCUGAUAGUCGAGAGAGCAUGGAAGGCCGUCGACAGCGUGUUCAGGGAAUGGGGCGGCCAGAUCCGGAGCACGAAGACCGGCAUGAUCUGGCAGCCCAUGCGCAAACUCCUAGCUCGAGCCCGGAGGAAGCGCGAAGAGAACAUGCGCGACCACCACCCGGCGUCCCUCGAACUCGGUAUCGACAGCCGCUACGUGCGUCCUCCCCCACAGUGCAUGUCCGACACCCUCAGCAGACCCGAAGCCUGUCCGGCCUCGACCCCGCGCGACACACUAUUCACGCAGACCAGCGACACCACCAUGGAUUUCGUCUCCAACCUCGUCUCCCCCUCGCCCUCGACCCAGAAUCCAAACUUCCCCCACCACCACGCGGCGCCUUCCCAUCAGUAUCCCUACGACAUGUCGAUGCCGUCGGCACCGCAGACACUGGGCAUACCCCCCGCGCAGCCCGAACAGCAGCAGCCAUGGGUCAUGGACGAGAAUGCAUUGUUGGAUCUGGAUAUGAACGAGUCGGGUGAUGUGAAUUGGGAGAGCUGGGAUGAUCUAGUGCGCAAUUUCGAGAUGGGGAAUGAGAGCGAGAGAGGUAUUGAUGGGAAUCUUAAAGGGGGUAUGGGAGGUUGGUGGUAA